GCUUCCUCCUAAGGCUCGGAACUUCCUGUUUGGAAUACGGACAGGGGAAGAAGAGAGGAGCCACCUCUCUAAUAUCAACAGAAGGCGAUGCUUGACAGCUACAUCGUCUGUAAUACUUACACUUAACCGUGUCAGUCGGUCUAUUUUUAGAAGUUUUUAUUCCCUUUAGGAUUCGAUAAGUAAAUUAUUCGGAGUUUUAGCUAGCCCCAGCAACAAACCACACGCCAAAUGAACGGAGCAGCAUUCCCCUCCCCCACGGCAGAGAUGGCGGAGAUGAACCGUAUCCAGUAUGAGCUGGAGUACACUGAGGGGAUCAGCCAGAGAAUGCGCAUCCCUGAGAUGCUCAAAGUGGCCCCUCAAGUCCACGAGGACCCUAAUGUCGGAUCUCAGGAGGUCCCCCGCAGUGUCAUAAUGCAAGUCCCAGAGAGAAUUGUGAUUGCAGGAGACAGUAAUGACCCCCAGUUCUCCAGACCCAGAGACCUGGACCUAAUCCAGUCAACACCACUAGAAACCCUGUCACUGAAGACCCCACCCAGAGUCCUAACCCUCAAUGAGCGGCCCCUGGACUUCCUGGAAGAGGAGCAGCGGGUGGCUCCAGACACUGAGGAGGUGUUGCGGCACCAGGGACGAGUGCGGCGAGAACGCUCAGCCAGUGAGAAUGCAGCCGUACGUCAUAACAGUCAGCUGAUGAGAAAUGAUUCCGCUGCGACCCCGUCCCCCCCAGCUACUGUCCACCCUUGCCCCCCUCUCACCGUGACUGAGGAAGAACACAACCUGUACAGCGCUAGCGGUGUUAUAGCUUUCAUCCAGUCCACUACACGUCGGGCCUACCAGCAGGUCCUGGAGGUCUUGGAUGAGAACCCUCGCAGCAAACCAUCUCUGCGAGGGGGGUCUGCUUCAAGCUCCAACCCCCUGCAUGAAUCCAGGCUUGCAUUAUCAACAUAUGAACCCACACUGGAUGGGGGGCCUGAUGAUAUGACUGUGGUUGAUGCAACAACACUUCGACGUCAGCUCAUCAAGUUAAACCGGAGACUCCAACAUUUGGAAGAGGAAAACAAGGAGCGAGCAAAGCGAGAGAUGAUCCUUUACUCGGUCACUGUAGCUUUUUGGCUAAUCAACACUUGGGUAUGGUUGCGACGUUAGAGCUGGCCUUUAUUUUUGCCGUCACCUUGACAGGAGAAAGUACCAUCUCAUAUUCUAUGUGUCAAAUGUUAGCUGCUCACUGCACUCAGGCCCUGUGUGAGGAAGACCUUGACACAUGUGUACAAGGCCUGUUGCACACAGAGCUGAUAUUUUGAUUUUGUUUAUGUAAUGCAUAUACAGUUUUAUUUUUUUACUCUUCUCUCAUUCUGUCUAUUCUGUUUUCUCAUGUUUUGUUUUUAUUUUAGAUCUUCUUGUUCAAUGCUAAGCAUGAUUUGUUGUAAAUAUUUGUUCAUAUCACUCAGAGCUUUGGAAAGAACUUAUCCAGAGCUACAGUACAGCAUAGUUUACCAAAAUAGGAAAUUGGAACUGCAAUGUGGAGAUGUAACAUGUUGAUUAUUUAAUGUGGAGAGAGUAAUGUGAGACUUGUACUGGGAAAUGUAAUAAAAUGUAUUAAAACCAUAAA